CGAGAAUGGCCUCGGCGGGCAGCACAGCGGACGCCGUCGGCACCACAGUUGACAAUCCCUCACUCCAAGCAGUGCUGGCCAAGGCGAGCGACUUGGUCCAUGCCAUCCAUACCAAGGAGGCCUACGACCAUGCCGUCAAGCAGCGAGGAUCGGAGGCCGUCGAGGCCGACAUUGCCGCCGUCAUGACCGACAUCUGCAACAUGAUGGCCUCGGCCAGUGAUCCGCAGCUUCGGGCUGAGGCCAUGCGGCAGCUCGCCGGGCUGCUGUCCAUCGAGCACAUAGAGGGCAUCGGGCAGAAGGCUGUGGACGUCGGUCUGGUGCCUGUGCUGGUCGAGCAGCUGAGCGGGUGCGAAGACUUGCAGGCCGCAGCAGGACAGGCCCUCAGCAUGCUGGCGAUUCAGAAUGGCGAUGCGGUGGUCAAUGCGGAUGCGGUCCCGCCCCUGGUGCAGCUCGUGUCUUCACCCGAUGACGAUGUGCGUGGAGGGGGCAUAGCGACGCUGUGCAACAUCACGGCCGGAUCGGCGGCCUGUCGCGAUGUCGUGGUGGCGGCGGGCAUCGUGGAGCCGCUCCUGAAGGCGAUGCGCGAGAGCAGCAACGCCGCCGUGCUGACCGUGAGUGCCUGCCUGCUGCGCAACCUGUGGAUUGUCCCCGAGAAUGCGCCCCUUCCUGCCCCUCUGGCCGAGUUGGCGCCCUUCGUGCCCGUCCUGGUCGGUCUCGUCGCCGCACCGCAGCAGGACGACCGUGUGCUCAAGGCUGCACGAGUGGCGCUGCAACACUUGAUACAUCGACUCCAUGGGCAAGGUCAGUUAGCCUGUGAGUGCAGGAAAUAUCAUCAUUGGCGUCAUGGCUGACUGUGUGCUGCCUGCCUGUGGCUGACCGCUGGCUCAGGUACCGAUGCUGACCGUGACGCGCUGGUCGAGUGUGGCGCCGUCGCGUCGAUCAAACCACUGGUGCAGAUGGCCGAUUUGGAGAUGAAAGGCCCCGCACUUCUCAUGGUGUACUUCGUGGCUGAAGGUGGGACGGCUACACACAUAGAUCCAUCCACGUCAGGUGUAGGGUGCUGUGCUCUUUGCUGUGGAUUGAUUGGAUGCAGGCACAACUUCUCACGUGCAGACGGUCAUCGAUGGCGGGCUCGUGCCGCUGCUGGUCGACCUGGCGGCCAACGCGGAGAGCGAUUCGGGCCUGAAGGAGAUAGCAGUCGGGAACAUUCUCCUUAUUGUAGUCAAAGGGUCGCAGCGACAGGUUUGUGUGUUUGCCAGCCGGCCACACACGACAUAUUUCCUGAGCCGUGUGUGACACAUCUGUCUGGGCGGGUGUGUAUAUCUGUCCGCUUAAUCGUGCAGAUUGAGUAUGUGGUUGAGUGCGGCGGCAUCCGGCCCCUCUGUGACCUGCUCGAUGGUGCCGAUGGCCAGAUCAGGGAUGGCCAGAUAAGGGACAUCAUCUCCGCCCUGCAUAGGAUACUAAAGUAGGUCACCUGCCAAUGUGUGCUGCCCAUGUAUGUGUGUUGCUCUUGCGCUCGUGCGUGCAGCGCGGGUCGACAGAAACAGGCCACUGAGGGUCUCCCCAACAAUCCCUACAGCACACUAUUAGAGCAGGUAGGUGAUCGAGAGAGAGAGAGAGCAUCAUGCACACGGCUGUCCUUCUGUGACCUCCCUGCAGGCCGCCGGUGUGGACAAGCUAGUCGAGCUGCAGACACACAACAACAUGGACAUUGCACUACGGGUGACCAGCAAUGCGCCCAUGGCGACAAGUAUGCAGUCAUACAUUGUGUGCCGUUCAUUCAUUCAGGCUGUCCUCUGUUCAUUCAUUCAUCUGCCGGAUCGCGUCGACGAGCAGCGAUUGGAGGCAUUGAUUCAGGCGGGUGUGAUUCAGGUGGUCAACGAGCAAGGUGGCGAUGAGGACGACCGGGCCACACACGUGAGCGACAGCAGCAGCAGCGGUAGCGAUAGCGAUAGCGAUGGCCAAGGAGAGGGGGAGGGAGAGGGGGAUACCGAGGAGGGAUAGAUAGACAGCUCAAUCCAUCCAUGCGUGUAUGGUCGUUGUGCACUUCCGUGUGGACCUAUACUCUCAGCUAGAGGGAUGGAGACACCUGUAGGUGUCACACGUGGCUCGUGUUGUGUACAGAUGAGCACGGGCCACAGCUGCUGGCUGGCUGGCUGGCU